AUGACCUCAAGCUUCUUGCAGCUACCGUUUGAGCUGCGUCAGCAAAUCUACCGCUACGCGUUCGAUCCGAAGGAUGACUCCAUUAAGCCUUUGAAAGCCAGAACUCGCAACGUAUCUCAAUCUAUCAAGGCUUUACAGUCUACAAGUCAAGAAAGACAAGACGGAUGGCAAAUUCCUGGCUAUCCAGUCUCCAGCGUUCCGGCUUUGCUUCAAACAUGCCAGCAGGUGUACGACGAAGCGAUCAAAAUCUUGUAUGGCGGCUAUAUUUUCGUCUUCAGCAAUAGUGACGAAACUGGAACUAACAAUUCUGUCCUACUCGGUUUCCCUGCUAUGACGGACGGGUGCGAUGAGUGCAAGGGCUUUGGAAACCAAGCUCACCCUUGGAUGCUGGGCAUUCAUAGUCCAGCAUUGCCGCUAGACCACAAGAAGACCUUGGGGUGGAUUCCUUAUUCUGAUUUUACGUACAUGAUCCACUGGCUGGAGAUUAUUGGAACACACAAUCGCACUCUAAUACGUAAGGUUCGACUCCAAAUUACUGAGGAUGUGUAUCCCGAAUCUAGAUGGCAUUGGGAUACAUUACAAAUGGCACAGCUACCCACCACUUGCUUUGGCGGCAACAUGGUUGCAGGUAUUCUUAGCUAUCUGGAUAGAUUCCUGGAGAUCCACGAACUCUCUUUCUUCUGUGAUACGCCCCCUGGUGAGUCAGCGAUACGUGGACAGGCGCGACGUAUCAAAGCCAUGAAGAACAUAUUUGUAGCUCCGUCACCUUCUCGGAACGUCAUUUUAAAGAUGAAGAGCCUAAAGCGACUUCUAUUGCAAGACUCUCCUCCCAUUCCCCUCGAAAUCUCAAACCUUCGCCUCAAAGGGUAUAGAGAUGAGCUUUUGCAAGACUAUUCAGACAUACGAAAGGCGUUCAUGGAAAUGGGAGGCGAGAUUCUUCCAUCUUUGAGGCAUACGGGCAUCCAAAAGGUAGAACCUCAAAAGAAGAUUGAGGUUGAAUUUGACGCAAGCUGA